AUGGUCCAGGUUUACGCCUCCACUGGCGCCGCGGUAUCCAAACAUCUCAACCAACUACUGGAGGAUAGCAACCGUUACACCGAGUCACGCAUUAUCCUGACCCCCUUGGAACUCCUGGAAGGGUAUCCUGCUUUUGGUGUGGAUUGUCCUAUCACUCCACGUUCGGUGUUGAUUCCACCUACGCCAACGGACUGGCAAACUACCGCAAUUCCCGCUUGGCAACCGUCCAAUCUUGAAAUUGAGAAUAGAUGGGAGACAGGGCUGCGUUGGGUCAGUUGGAACUUGCAGCUUGAGGCUUGCGACCUGGGGCUUGAGUCUGCGUUCUGUGCGCAUUCUUACAUUCUUCUGACGUAUCGAUCUGAAGUCCUCUGA